AUGAAAGACUUGGACUUGAUGCAUAGGGAGAACAUGGCUCCCAGGCCUAUCCUUGAGCUCAGCCUGGGUUUAGCGAGGGACGUGCUCAAUCUCCAUAACCGCUAUGAAGAUCUUAAGCCCUCCUUUAAAGCCUCUGAGUUCUACAAGGCCACUCAUGAAGCCAACUUGGCUGAUUAUGCCAAGCAGAAAACAGAAUUUGACCAAAUGGUGCCAUGCUAUAAAGAAGCCUAG